AUGGAACAGCUUGCUGGUGCCUAUGUGGAGAGAUGUCCCGAUAUGACAUGUGAUAAUAGGUACAAUUAUCGCAUGCCAAGUCCUGAGUGGCGUUACUCCUUGCCCUGUGAUGAGCGCUGGUUCGAGGGUGAGGAGCCAAGAUCCUGUUGCCUGACGGAGUGCUCUGAUAGCGGCAGAUGUUCUUCCCCAUGCUGUUCUGAAGUUAUCUUCAAUGGCGGCCAACACUUCACUGGGAAAUCAGGACAGCAUGUUUGUAAACGUUAUGCUGUUUGCUAUCCUGGCAAUUUCGGAUACAUACUUAUAUUGAGUUGGAAAUACAACUUUUACAACCAUUUGGCCCAUAUAGGGACUGAAUCUAAGACCUCAGUCAACGUAAAACCAGACACGAUAACGUUGAAAUCGAAAAUU